AUGUCGUCUUCUAGGCCGUCAGGGUCUACAAAGGGGCUCACGAUUGCCCCGAAAGGGGGAGUGACUGGCGCUAAUACUGGGGCGAGACAGAGAACCUUUAGUUCUGGGAGACAACAAAAUUAUAGACAGGAUUGUGUUAGGAGAAAAGAACAAUUAGUAGUGUCUACUCCUUUAAAGAAAGUAUUCGUGGUCGAAUGGGAAUAUGAGUCCUAUGUAGUUCGAGUCAAGGACAAGGAUACUUUAGUGAAUCUAGUGGUGUUAGACACCUUGGACUUUGAUGUGAUCUUGGGAAUGUACUGGCUAUCACCCUGUCAUGCCAAUGUGGAUUGUUAUCAUAAAUUGGUGAAAUUUUAUUUUCUCGGUGAGCCCUCAUUUAAUAUUCAGGGGGAUAGGAGUAAUGCUCUAACUAAUUUGAUAUCGGUCAUGUCUACUAGAAAGUUAUUAAGACAGGGUUGUUUAGGAUACUUGGCUGUGGUAAGGGAUACUCAGGCGAAGGUUGAAGAUAUAAGCCAAGUAUCGGUGGUGAAUGAGUUCAUGGAUGUAUUUCUCGAGGAACUACCAAGUUUGCCUCCCAAGUGA